AUCUGGUUAUGAUUCAAAGAACUCUAGGAAUGAGGCAGUGUUGGUAAAGGAUAUUGUCAAUGAUAUAUGGAGGAAAUUGGAUUACAACUCCUCAUUUAUUCUUACCAAGAACCUAAUUGGACUAGAGUCAUCAAUUGAGAAGAUUGAAAAUUUAUUAUGUUCAAAGGGUGUUUGGAAGCUAGGAAUUUGGGGCAUCGGGGGCAUAGGAAAAACUACUCUUGCUAGUGCUAUAUUUGAAAAAAUCUCUAAACAGUUUGAAGCAUCUUACUUCAUUUUGAAUAUUAGAGAAGAAUUAGAGAAAAACGGGGGAUUAAAUGACUUAUGCCAAAAAUUGAGUUCUGCAAUUUUAGAGGAUGAACAUCUCAAUCAUGGAUUCACCUUUAGAAGAAAAAGUCUUAUUAGCAGAAAAAAAGUUCUUAUUGUGUUUGAUGAUGUAACAAAGUUAGUACAAAUAGAAUGUUUAAUGGGAGUUUUUGACGACUUGGAUUCAAAUAGUCAAAUCAUUUUAACAACAAGGGAUAAACAUGUGCUAAGAAAUUGUGAAGUGGAUCACAUUCAUGAAAUGAAAGGGUUAUGUUUUGAUAAUGCUCUUCAACUUUUUGCCCUAAAUGCCUUUCGACAAAACACUCCAAUUGAAGAUUAUAACGAGCUAUCAUCUAUAGUAGUAGCUUAUGUUAAGGGUGUUCCACUAGCUCUUAAAGUUCUAGGUUCCUUUUUAUUCAAGAGGACGAAGAGAGAAUGGGAAAGUGUACUGAAAAACUUAAGAACAAGUCUUCAUGUAGAUGUCCACAAGGUGUUAAAAAUAAGUUAUGAUGGAUUAAAUGAUAAAGACAAGGUUGUAUUUUUAGAUAUUGCAUGUUUCUUUAAAGGAUUUAAAAGAGAUCUCAUAGAAGCAAUCUUGAAUGCUUGUGACUUUGACUCUCAUAUUUGUAUAAAUGUUCUCAUUGAAAGGUGUCUCAUAACUACAUCAUCUAACACCAUAAUAAUGCAUGAUUUACUUGAAGAAAUGGGUAGAAAAAUUGUUCAGCAAGAAUCAAUUGAUGAUCCUGGCAAACGUAGUCGAUUGUGGGAUCCCGAUGCAAUCUUUUCAGUGUUGAAGUAUAAUAUGGUAAAAGCCAGAACACUUAUUUUUUAUUUCUAUUUUAUACAUACAUAUAAUAAAAUAUUAGUUAGCAGAAUAUUCAUUUCCAGUUAUCAUUGGGAACUAAAUUAUUUGGUAUAGGGUAGCAAUGACACAACUAUUAUUAUUUUAUUUACAUAUUCUGAAAAGAAAUUUGAGAAAGAAAUAUAUUUGAGAGUAAAUUACUUAAGAAUUGAUGUAAUUAAGCAAUUUCAAAUUGACUUUUCACCAAUAUGCUUGUGAUUUCCAGGGAACUAGAGCAAUUCGAAGUAUAUGCUUUCAUACGUUCAAAGUAAAAGCGUUGCAUUUAAAUCCUAAAGCUUUCAACAAGAUGCAAAACCUAAGAUUCUUGGAAAUUUAUGAGUUCGAACAUGAAAAGAAGGUGCAUGGUUUUGAGAAACUUGAGUCUGAUUUCUCUGAGCUAAGGUACUUUUGCUGGCAUGGAUAUUCUGACAAAUCAUUGCCACCAAAUUUUAAUCCAAAGAACCUUGUUGCACUUUACAUACCUGAUAGCAAUGUUAGACAACUUUGGACUGGUGACCAGGUUCUUGUUAAUUUGAAACAUAUUGAUCUCAAUCACUCUAAGUAUCUAUAUAGUAUACCAGAUUUAUCACUUAUGCCAAAUCUUGAGUGCUUAGAGCUUGGAGAUUGUACAAAUUUGCUUGAGAGUUUCUCAUCUAUCGAUAAUCUCCAUAAACUUGUUAUCCUAUGUCUACAAGGAUGCAAAGGCUUUGAUAAUCUUCCAAUUAGUUCUAAUUGCCAAUCUCUUCAAGUAGUUAUUCUCUCUAAUUGCUCAAAUCUCAAAGAAGUUUCAUAUCUCCCUAGUACAGUUGAAGUGUUAUAUUUAGAUGGAACUGCUAUUAAAGAAUUCUCAUCAAUAGGGCAUUUAUUUAGACUAGUAACAUUGAGUCUUAGAAAAUGUUCAAAGCUUGAGAGAUUACCAGAUAGUAUUCGUGAGUUGAAAUCUCUUAAAUCUCUUUAUCUCUCGGGUUGUUCCAAACUUGACAGAUUGCCUAAUGACAUGGGAAAUUUACAAACUCUGGAGGUACUAGAACUGGAAGAAAUUUCUUUUGCAGAAAUAUCAACAUUUAUGACAAGUUUGAUCAACCUGGAGACAUUAUCUUUAACAAGAUGUAAGACGCAAAAGCGAUCGGGUAUCCCACUCAUGGAUUUAUCUGUCUUCCAAAGAAUGAGUGACCUAAUCUUGGUUGAUUGUUGCAUUGAAGUGUUACCCAACAAUAUUGGCCAAUUAUUCUCACUUAAAUAUUUAAAUCUUGGCCAAAACAAUUUGGAGACACUACCAGAGAGCAUCAAAGACCUCUCUAACCUGAUCUUUCUUGAUUUAAGCAAUUGCCAGAGGCUUAAAUACUUACCAGAGCUUCCAAGCAGGUUAAUCGAACUGAUUGCGGUGAAUUGCAUAAAUCUUGAAUCAAUAUCAAGUUUACCAGCUUCAUUCCUAGGUAAUUAUUCAAUUUGUUAUGGGAAUGCCUGGCUCCACAAUUGUUUCAAACUAAAAUUAGAUAUGAAAGAUGCUCUCCUGAAUAUUGAGAGAAAUGCAAAUGUGUGGUAUCACCAUGAACUUGGCAUAACUUGGAGAAAUGGUUUGAUGUGAAAUUUGCUAGUCAUCUAGCCUCACUCUCUGUACAGGGGGUUGUUGAGUCCUCAGCUAACAGCGGGAAACAAAUUGAUGCCGUACAUUUCAUUCAUGCCUUCCAGCUUGCUGAAAGCUUUCCCUCUGUUCCCCUCUUGAAGACAUACUUGAAGAAUUGAAGGAGAAACUCACGGGGAAAUGGUGUGAGUUCGGGUGGGGAUACUAGUGCACAGAUUGAUGUAAAUGCACAGGAACUUGCUGCUUUGAAAGCUGUAGUUAGUUGUGUCCAAGAGUACAGGCUUGAACCUGACUAUCCUCUUGAUCCGCUUCAGAAAAGGAUUGAACAACUGGAGAGGUCGAAAUCUGAUCAGAAAAGGGGUAUGCAUUUUGGCAGACGUCAACACUCCAGGAAACAAAGAGCAAACUGAGGAUACCGUGGAUUUCUUUCUCACAGUGGCAAGGCAGCUCCUCAUAGGCUUGUUCUGCCUGUUUUCUGAUGUUUCGUGCACUUGCGAGCAAAACUCAACAUUUUCUUUGACAGGGCAGCAUAUGGAGGAAUGCCUUGGAGAUAUCCUCUGGGUGGUUCCUAGCCAGGCUGUUUUUGCUCAGCUAUGCUUUUAUCCCCAGGAUGUUGUUAUCAAAUGCAAGAUUUCUGUGCAGCCUUAGUGAAUGUGCAGAGAAUUUAUUUGUGAAUGAA